AAAUAGUGGAUGGCAGUCCAUGGUGCAUUAAAGUUCAAGUUGAAAGUUGUGGAAGAAAGUGAACAUCCGAAACUCACAUCUCGAGAAGUGCUGUGAUUCAUUUUCCAUUUUACAUCUUCGCAAGCUUUCCAACUUACCACUCUCAACAAUCAUGUCAAAACCUUCAAUCCUCCUCAUUCCCGGCUCCUUCGCCCUCCCUGAAUUCUACGACCCAGUCAUGAACGCCGUCUCCGCCAAAGGCUAUUCAAUUCGUAGUCUACAUAUGCCAACUGUAGGAUUGACAGCUGGUAAGCCACGAGAAGGAACUCCUCCAACGAUGUACGACGAUGCUGCUUUCAUCGCCAAAGAAGUCCAAGUCUUGGUUGAUGAAGGCAAGGAUGUGAUUCUGAUCUGCCAUUCAUAUGGCGGGGCACCAACUUCGCAGAGCACGAAAGGUCUUUCAAAGGUUGAGAGACAAGUCGAGGGGAAAGAGGGCGGAAUUGUGAGGUUGGGGUAUAUGACUGCGGUGGUUCCGGCACUUGGUGCUUCGGCUCAGGAUGUGCUUGCUGAUUUGCCACCGGAGAAUCAGGCAAGUAUGAAAUUGGAUGAACAUGGAUGGCUCUACCACGACCCUAUCUCCGCAUCCGCGGCACUCACUUUCUCCCACCUUUCUCCCGAGGAAGGAGAAGCGUGGGUUCGCAAAUUCCCCCAGCAUUCAGCCGUGAGCUUUAGUAACGAGCUCACGCAUGCUGGAUACAAAGACAUCCCAGUGUCAUAUCUUUUCUGUGAGGAAGACCUUUGUGUCACACCGGACUUGCAACGGAAGGGUAUUGAGUCUAUGGAGGAAGCAAGUGGGAAGAAAGUGGAUAUCACUAGCAUCAAGAGUGAUCAUGCGCCUCCGAUGUCCCAUCCUGAGAUGGUUGUUGAGUGGAUUUUGGACGUUGCUGAGAAGGCAGAGAGGGGUCAGUAA